AUGUUGCAGUUUCCGGCGUUUAUGACACAGUACCCAAUGUCGACAAGGACGAUUUCGACGUCGUUUAUGCUACCCUCACAGUGGCCACAACCCCAUAACGAAGAAUUCCUCCUAGCCAUGGAGGAGUCCAAUUUCGAAGAAAAGUGCAAUGAGAUCAGCAACCUGAUUAUGAUAGGGAAAACCACCAAUGAAAAUGAGAAGGAAGAAUUUGACAAUGAGGCCGAUGAUGAUGAUGAUGCUGACAAUGCGGAGGCAUCUGAGGGUGAAGAAUUUGAGCAAGAAACUGGUUGA